GCGUUUCCCAUCAUGGCCGCCCGGCCGGGGCGGCUGCCGGCGGGACUGGGGAGGCGGAGAGGAGCGGCGGAGGCCCGGAUCCUGCUUCUCCUUUGCUUCGCGGGUGCGGCAGUGGAGGGAGCGGCAGGCACGGAGCCGCUGCUCAAGUGCGAGGAGCUGAGGCUGGGGCAAUAUAUGUGUGAUGAGCCUAAAAUAGACAACAGUACACAAGAACCAAUGAAUUGUACAAAUCACACAGCAUAUGUUCAGUGUCUCCCAGCACCAAAUAUUACUUGCAGAGAUUACCUUGGCAUAGAAAAAGUCUUUACAGGACAUGAAGUUGGAUUUUACAAGCCUAUUGCAUGUCGGAACGUAAAUGGAUACUCCUACAAAGUGGCAGUAGCUCUGUCCUUAUUUCUGGGAUGGCUGGGAGCAGAUAGAUUUUAUCUAGGCUAUCCUGCACUAGGUUUGUUAAAGUUCUGCACUGUAGGAUUUUGUGGAAUUGGUAGCCUAAUUGAUUUCAUACUUAUUUCAAUGCAGAUUGUUGGACCUUCUGAUGGCUCAAGUUACAUCAUAGACUACUAUGGGGCAAGGCUGACUCGGCUCACCAUUACCAACACAACCUUCAGGAAGAUGCAGACCUACCCCUAACCCUGCCAGGCAGCAGCACCAACGCCGAGGUGCGUUUCGUUUCUACGGGUGGAUCCGGCCAUCCGCUGGAUUUGCUGGUGGCCAAUUAAUUACACUUCACCAGAACUGAACGUGAGAUGCACAUUGAACAAAGAUGAUAAAAAAAUAAAAAUUCAUCGAGUGAGUUUACCUCAAAGGCGCCCAGUUCCUUUGUGACUGCUCUGGGAGCACACUCUGUCGCUGAGUUGGACCAUUCUGCGAAAGACGCGGACUUCUGCGGUUUGCACUGAUGUUGUUUUGCACCUGUUAAGUAAAAUUUAGAGAGUUAUAAAGAGGUGGAGAAAGAGUUGUUCAGAACAACGAAGCUGAUCUUUAGUCCACUGAGACUGUGAAGAGUUUUAGCAUGCAUGGGACAGGAUUACACUUGGGGUCUGUUUUCAUAACUACGUGUGGCAGUUUGUAACUGAACUUAAAGAACCCAAAGCACAGAAACUGCCUCUCUACUGAGCUAAAAUACAGGUGGCCCUAAAUCUUUUGCUGGUGUAACCUGUGAAAUGCUACUAAAUAAUUAUUUCAGUAAAGCUUUAAGACAAAUUUUGGCCCAAUUGCAAAAUUUGGUCAGUACUGAUCAACAGAAUUAUAAAUGUGUAAGAGACAGAACCAUAGAUGACACAUCACAAAAAAGGAGGGUGGAUGCUGGGGCAUCCUGAGAUUAGACUGGGAAAGAAUCAUUCUGCUUGCUUUGGUUUUUCUUUUUCCCUCCCUUGCAACCACCCAAGGGGAAACCUUGCAACCAGCCCAUAGGGAAAUACAUACCUUCUUUUUCUGAAAAGAAAUUGGUGUUUGGGUUUUACAGCCACAGAAUGUCAAAAAAAGGCCUCAAAAGGUUCUCAUUUUGAAUCAGUUGUGCAUCAGUGAAAUAAAUUCUGUGUACUUCAAAGUUAUUUGACCAAAAUCUUUAGGACAACCAAACUUUACCUAAAUGUUCCUUUCAAGAGCAGUAUAUACCCACAGAGGCAGAAAACAUGUCAACAGAAUUUUCAUGUUAUUUGACCAAUUUUAAACAUUCCCUUCACCUUCUAAUGAAAACCAGCAGUGACUGAGUGAGAAAUCGAUGUGAUAUCAACUACAGUGUAGGUUUUUUUCAAAAAUUUGGGCCAUUCUUUUGUUUUUCAGAUGAAACUUCCAAAACGUUACUGAUGUUUCCAGAAAUGGGAUGUUUAAGGGAACUACAGAAAGAGAUUGCAAAAUUGAUUUUUUUUUUAAAUUGUAAUUUGUGGGUUUUAGUCUCUUUUGAACCUACAUGAGGAAUGGUACACAGAAAUCUUUACAAAGAACACUCUUUUUUUUUUUCCUAAAUCAGUGUAACCUGACAUAUCACUUAAUGAAAAUGUAUCACAUGGAAUAAUUUGUGCUCUAACAUUAAUUUUUUCCUUCAUGCAAGAAAGGCCUCAUUUUGGAGUGCUUGCUAACGUGCAUUCGACUUGGUUCACAUGGGUUCAAAGACACAGGAACGCUCUGUUAGCACUGCUCAAUUGCCUGAUAUUUCUUGCAUCUCCCUUUUGUCUCUCUGUCACUGAAUGCUCUUUGUGCAUGUCAGUUUUGCUGCCUGAAAUACUUCCAAAAACAAGCGGGAAGUGGAUGGAAAAGAAAUGUUAGAAUCAAAUAAAAUCUCAUGGCUAUGGUCA